CCGAUCCCGAUCCCGAUCCCGAUCCCGAUCCCGAUCCCGGUCCCGAUCCCGAUCCCGAUCCCGAUCCCGAUCCCGAUCCCGAUCCCGAUGGACAGGUUCAUGGUUAAACGCCCCCCCGGGGAGGCAGGGAGCAGCAGGAAGAGGCCCCGGCAAGAGGAGCCCGCCCCGGUGCAGCCCCGCUGGCAAGAGAUCCGGGCCGAGGGCCUGAGCUGCGACUACCGGCUGCUGUUCGGCAAGGCCGAGGCUGACGAGAUCCUGCACCAGCUGGAGGAGCAGGUGGAGUACUUCGAAGGUGAAAUGACCAAAGUGCAAGUGUUCGGCAAAUGGCAUGAGAUUCCAAGGAAGCAGGUAACCUAUGGAGACCCUGGGUUAACGUACACAUACUCAGGCGUUACCUUCUCCCCUAAGCCGUGGAUCCCAGUUCUGAACCGUAUCAGAGAGCGCAUCACCUCGGACACAGGACACACUUUCAAUUUCGUGCUUAUCAACAGGUACAAAGAUGGUGAGGACCACAUAGGUGAGCAUCGAGAUGAUGAGAGAGAACUGGUUCCCCGCAGUCCCAUCGCAUCCGUGUCCUUUGGAGCUUGCAGGGACUUUGUCUUCAGGCACUGUGCUUCCCGAGGGAAGAACGCAACGCGACACAUCAAACCCAUCAAGCUGCAGCUGGCCCAUGGGAGCCUGCUGAUGAUGAAGUACCCCACCAAUGUGUAUUGGUACCACAGUCUGCCCCCCCGCAAGAGAGUGCUUGCCCCAAGAGUCAACCUCACAUUUAGGAAAGUGAUGGCUAUAGCCAAGAAAUGAAAUAUUCAGCAAUCAAGCUCCAGGUCUUUUAACUCUGAAAAUAGAAGUUUUAUUUCCCAAAGUAACUCAGUUUCUCAUUCACUGUCUUUGAUGAUCCAAGGUACAAAUUAAACCAAGAGAGGAGACAGCAUUCUCAGUAACUUGCUAAUAAAGACUACAACUACUGAUCUUAAAUGCCAGGAAUACUUUGUGAAGUGCUGCUGUAGCUCUGCUGAUACAUGUUUUUAAUGAGCAAGACCCUUGUUUUGCUCAGGAGGAAGUUGGUUCUCAACUGGUCUGCAUCUACCCAGUUUGUAGCCUCUGAAACAGUUUCUAAUUACUGUAAAGUACAAGAUGUGAUCAUUGGAAGCUGAUGCUGUUCAACAGGUGACACUUUCUUGUCUGCUCUGUCAAUAAGCUAUAGUUUGCUUAUUUUUU